CACGGAUAACCCUAAUGGCAAAUGGCCAAUGGUUAUUGGUUAUAAUGCCAUAAUUGGACUGAUUUAUGGUUAUACUUACUGGGAAAGAUUAGGAGGCAAACAAUUGGCCGAAAAAACUUAUCAGCAACAAAUCGAUAAAUUACGCCAAGAAUUUCAAGAGUUAGAGAAUUUAAAAGCGGUUAUCUUGGCCAAGGAGGAAGCAGUUAAAAAAGAAGAAGAAAUGAAAAAACAGGCUGAAACUCUCCAAAAAGCCGCCGAGAUAGAAAAAAAUCUGAAAGAAAGUCUAAGUCAAGAAAUAGAGAAAGUUAAUAAGAUUCUCCAAGGAGAAAGAAAAGUUGAGCAAGCCAAAGUUUUAUUGGCUAAAUUAGAAAAAUUACCGGCUCUUACUCCCGCCGAACAAGCCCUUUUAAGUCAACUAUACUUAACUCCCGAACAAUUGGCAGCAAUUGCUUCCCAGGCUCAAUAUUUAACUAAGGAAGAACGAAAAGAAAUCUUAAUUAAUUUCCCCGAAUUCAGCCUACCCUUAAAAUUAGGCUUAAUUAAUUCUGGUUUAAAUAACUUAGGGGUUAAUACACUUGAAAAAAAACAAAACUUUGUCCAACUAAAUCAUCAAAUUUAUCAAGAAAAAAAUAAUUUUGGUCUCACUGUUCAAGAAAAAGAAAAUAUUCUUCUAACCGCUGAACAGAAAAACGAUUUACUGAAAUUUGCCGUUGAAAAAGUUAAUUUAACCGAAGAACAACAAGCCGAACUAACUGUAAUUCACCCGGAUGAGCUGAAAAGUUUUGCUUUAAACGAACAGCAAGAAAACUUAUUAACUACCUUAGCCCCCUUAACGCGGGAAGAUAAAUAUUCGGAAGAGAACUUUGGGGAAGUUAAGGAUACUUAUUUACCAUUAAAAACUAAAUUCUUACAAGGAGAACAAAAAAUACUCCAAAAAGCCACUGAACAAUUAAAAAAGCAACUUUCCCAACAAGAACUCCAAGCGAAUAAACAAUCAAUUCUUGAUUCCUUACUCGUUUUUGCUGAACAAUGA